UAUCGCCAUACGGUGGCGAAACCAGAUGGGCGGCGUUCAAGGAAAUAUACAAGAUGUGAUCUAACAAUCAGAUAUGACUUCCCUGCACACGUCGUUGUAUUCAACCUGCCAGCAAACCUUUUUUCUGUCAUCUUCGUCUCUGCCAUCCCGGCUAUCACACAACCGUGAGGUUUAUAGUCGACGGGGUUCGAUAACAGGAUGCACGAUGCUGUCACCAUCAGCCCGGUAUGGCGUGCAGGAUAUAGAAAUUUAUUAAUAAGAACCAGGGCAUUCCGUACGUGUCAUUAUCUUUACCCGGUCGCAUCACUGUCAGGAUUCUUCCGUCGUCUUUCAAUUGCAAUCCGCACCGCGUUCACCGUACAACGCUCUUUUGCAACGAUGAUCUGAACCCUCAAAUCCUGGACCUAUCGACAGCAUGCAUCCGUAGG